UCUGUGAUUUUUCACAUUUUCAAUCAUUUUGUUUUUCUCUUAUUAUUCUUCACAUACCGACUAAUUUCUAUUUGUAAAUAUGAAAUAAAACACAUUCGUGCAUAAUUCCUAUUUAUCAACACUGCUAUUGAACAAACAAUUUUAAUCGAUUUAUUUAAAAUGGGUGACAAAAAAUAUAAGCAAAGUAAAGCUGAUAUAGCUAAACAAUUUGACCUGCCAGAGAGGCAAUCAAAGAUUACCACGCUACUGAACCAGGCAGGCCAAGCUUACUGCAUAUGCAGAUCAUCAGACAGUUCACGGUUUAUGAUAGCUUGUGAUGCUUGCGAGGAAUGGUACCAUGGUGACUGCAUCAACAUAUCAGAGAGGGAGGCAAAAUACAUAAAGACCUACUUCUGUGAACGAUGCAGAGAAGAGGACCCCAGUCUCAAGACAAGAUUUAGACCACAGAAAAGAGAAAAUGAAGCAGAUUCAAGCCGAGAUGACAGGAAAAAGAAACGCAAGGAGAAGGACCACUCUGAAAACAAAUCGUCGAAAAGAACCAGCACCAAGGAUGGAUGUGGAGAGUGUGAAGGCUGCCGACAAACACACGACUGUGGACACUGUGACGCUUGCGAAGACAUGUACAAAUAUGGCGGCAGUAAUAAGUUGAGACUGAAGUGCAAACAGCGUACAUGUGCCAAGACCAAGAAAGCUUCUAGACAAUCCAGCACAAGAAUGAAGAAGAAACACCACGAGCGCGAAACAUACGAGCCGGAGGAGUCGAUAUCGCACCUGCAGACGUCGGAGGCGCGGCAGUGCUACGGGCCACAGUGCACCCGCGCUGCCAACUACGGCUCCAAGUAUUGCUCCACGCAGUGCGGCAUGAGGCUCGCUACUGCCAGGAUAUAUCAGGUACUGCCUCAACGUAUCCAAGAGUGGUCGCUGUCGAGUUGCGAGGCGGAGCAGAAGAACCGCAAGGCGCUGGAGGUGGUGCGGUCGGGCAUGGCGCGGGGGCAGGCCGCGCUGCGCGCCCUCGACCGCCGCCACCGCGACCUCGACGCGCUCGUCGCCCGCGCGCGCGGCGCCACCAUCGCGCACGCAGACGACAAGGAAGCCGACGAUGAAACAUCCAUGUACUGCAUAACGUGUGGACACGAGAUCCACUCCCGUACAGCGGUGAAGCACAUGGAGAAGUGUUUCAUGAAGUAUGAGGCACAGGCGUCGUUCGGCAGCCGACACAGGACCCGCAUCGACGGCCAGAGCACCUUCUGUGACUAUUACAACUCUGUUAAUGGAACAUACUGCAAGCGGCUUAGAGUAAUGUGUCCAGAACACUUCAAAGAUCCAAAAGUAAAUGACACAGACGUUUGCGGGUGUCCCUUGGUCCGAAAUGUUUUCGAGCCUACAGGGGAAUUCUGUCGCGCCCCCAAGAAGUCGUGUUUGAAACAUUAUCAAUGGGAGAAGUUGCGUCGCGCCGAGAUUGACAUGGAGCGCGUCAGACAGUGGCUACGUUUGGAAGAGCUUGUGGAACAGGAGAGAAGCAUUCGGCUCGCUAUGGCAUCCAGGGCGGGCGUACUGGGUCUCAUGCUGCACUCCACAUACAACCACGAGGUAAUGGAGCGUAUCACCACAAAAGUGAACGAGAACGGGAAACUGCAGGAUGGCUCGUGAUAGCGGCGCGAGCGGUCGACCUCUCGACCGCACAGCACUAGUUAACGAUCAGAAUUAUAUUCUCAUAAUGUACGAGUAUGUAUAAUAAACUAUGCAGAUGGUAUUAUGUAGUUUGAUAUUAA